AUAUUGGUUGGUGAGCCCCCUCUUAUCCCGAAAGCGGGUUCUUCCCUUGCUUCUAUGGCUAUGUUUCAACGCUUAGCGACAGUGAAGCGGGACUUGAACGAGGCGCGUCGCUUCGAGUUUGCGUUUUAAUUACGUGACUAAAAUGGUUCCGAAGAGAAAGAUACAAUCUUGAAGAAAACAGGAGAGAGAGAGAGUAGCUUUUGAAGCGUCGAGAAGAUUGGUUUCCUUUUCGGAAAUCCGACAGUAACUGUUCUACCCGCAAUUCAUCGUUCCGGGUUUGAGGUCUUCAAACAGUUGCGAACGUGUCUUGUUCUCUUCUUAUGUUCCAUCCCCAGACCGCAGCUACAAGUUUUUCACAUCCUCUGUUCAUCCAGAGCUUCGAUUUCCCAGUACCGAGAGCUACGAUACGAAGGGUUGAACUUUACUCAAUUCUUUACUUUAUUCUAACGCCAGAAGUCAGGAGAUGACUGAAUCGAAGAGGUAGUUGGGACGAGAUGUGAAGUGGGUGUGCAGUGAUUGAGGGAGAUCUUGGGGGAUUGAGGAGAGAUCAUGGAGCCUCCGAGAGGGGCUCUGGCUAAGAUAUCGAACUUCAUUUGCUUCUUGCCUUACUUCACUGGGCUUCUGCUCUUGGGCACAAUCAAAGGUGUCAUAUUUUGUCCCUUGGCGUGCCUUAUUAUAACAAUCGGCAACUCUGCUAUUAUAUUGGGUCUUUGGCCCAUUCACUGUUUCUGGACCUGUUAUUGUAUUCUGAGAUCGAAGCAAUUAGGGCCUGGAUUGAAGCUUGUCCUUGUACUGUGCAUGCCUAUUCCCUUGAUUUUGUGGCCAGUGCUUGGCAUUGCUGGCAGCGUCGUUGGUGGAAUAGCAUAUGGGUUUCUUUCACCAAUAUUUGCCACUUUUGAUGCCGUUGGAGAGGAGAAGACCAACGAGUUUUUCCACUGCUUCUAUGAUGGAACUUGGAGCACAGUCAAAGGGAGCUUCACUAUCGUUCGGGAUUUUAAGGAUGUAUGCUUCCACUCUUACUUAUCUUAUAUGGAUGACCUACAGCAUCAAGAGCCUGCGGAGGGGAAAUAUCAUGAGAUUAGGUUGCUAUAUCUUCCAGGUACUGUUGUAGUUGCAGUGCUUGGAUUUAUGGUUGACAUGCUUAUGAUCUCACUCAUUGCCCUAUACAAAAGCCCUUACAUGCUCUUCAAGGGAUGGCACCGUUUGUUUCACGAUCUCAUUGGUCGUGAAGGCCCAUUCCUGGAGACGAUUUGUGUUCCAUUCGCUGGUCUUGCCAUCAUACUCUGGCCUUUGGCGGUGGUUGGAGCCGUAUUGGCCUCCAUGCUAUCCAGCAUCUUCCUUGGUGCCUUUGCAGGAGUUGUUGUUUAUCAGGAGUGCUCCAUCUGGUUGGGGCUUUGUUAUGUUGUGGCAUCCUUGGCGAUCUAUGAUGAAUACAGCAAUGACAUUCUUGACAUGCAAGAAGGGUCCUGCUUUCCUAGGCCAAACUACAGGAGACAAAAGGCCCGGCUGUCAAAGACUUCCUCUCUUGCCGCUUCUAUUUCCAAGCCUGCUCCUAUUAAAGGUCCUCCAGCUCGUACAGUUUCACUAAAAGACACCAUUAUCGAGUUGAACCCACUUGAGUUACUUAAUGGCUUGUUUGACGAGUGUCAACGCUAUGGAGAAAGCAUGGUAUCUGAGGGAUUGAUAAUCCCUCAAGACAUUGAAGAUGCCAAAGCGAGCAGAGGUAGUGGAGUGAUAAGCAUAGGCUUGCCGACUUAUUGCCUGCUACAAGUACUCUUGCGUUCAGUAAAAGCUAAUUCUAUGGGUAUCUUACUGCGUGAUAAUACUGAAGUAACAAGCACCAAUAAACCUAAAGAUGCAUUUUAUGAUUGGUUCCUUAAUCCCCUUUUGGUUAUCAAGGAGCAGAUUAAAGCAGAGAACGUCAAUGUGGCUGAGGAGGACUAUCUAUGUAAACUUGUUUUGCUAAGUGCUGACCCUGAAAGGUUCAAGAAUUCAUAUCUAGGCCCACCUCCGGAAACCGAGCGUAAAAGAGCUGAGCUCGAAGCUUUAGCUCGAAGGCUCCGAGGGAUCACCAAGUCCAUAUCGAGGUAUCCAACAUUCAGGCGUCGAUUCGAUACUCUCGUAAAGAAAUUGUCAGAGGAUCUUGCCAGGAAGAAUAUCGGAAGCAAAUCCAACGGCGGGAGUCGAAGUAUUAAAAGAUCGAAGAGCGCCUUUGUACGAAAACCCAGCCAAAAAUCUUUCAAGAGCGAAAAGGCUAGCAACGGGUCUGUUCAAGGGUCGCAACACGCUCCCAGAGACGUUGACAUCGCAUGACGACGGGCGUAACAAUUUCCCUACCUUCCCCGGCCCAUUUCAGUUAGGAUCAGGUGUAGUUUCAUAGUUUUCCGUGGUGUGAGUUCAUUCUUUCUCAAAGAGAUCAUCAAUAGACGAAUUCGAUGACAGAUUACAGCUAGUGUUUGUAACCUUAUGGAUAAUUAUACAGAAAGAUGACAAUGCAGAGGAAACAUUAAAGAGAUCCAUAGUUA